GCGAGCUCGCUGGGCCGCCUGUGCAGCAACUCCACAAGGCGUGCUCUUCAAUGCGUGACGAUACCAUGGCCCAACAACAAAGAGGCCCACAGCAACCAGUCGAUGUACAAUGCGUACGACAGCGCAUGGGUUCUGCGGACCCCAUGCAGCCCUUCAGUGUCUAACAAGCAAGCCCGUCGUAAUAUUUGAAUAGCAAUUGACGUUACAGCAUACAAACCCCAGAAGCCAUGCUCAUACGCACGCUUCUCGCCAUUGCGAUGCUCUCCUUCGCAUGCACGCAGGCAUCCCGGUUGCUGCAGCAAGAUGUCGUUGCCUCGGACCCCACACUCAUAGACCGGAGCCAACCGGACUGGUAUGUCUCCAUGGAGCUACAACAACAACAGCAGCAGCAGCAGCAGACAGAGCUUGUUGAGCUAGCGAGCCUGGGGGCAGCAGCGCCAUCGUCUACGGUCAUAGGCGAUGGCACGGCAGCAGAGACGCGCGUGGCCUCGCUGGUUCGUGCCGCUGCUGCAAAGCAGGGUCGCAAGAAGCCACGUGCCAAUCGCCGCCCACCCCCCAAGCCGUCGCCGCGCGCUGAGGCAUCGCCGGCUUCCGCCCCGUCGCCGAAGCCAUCUCCGGCACCGAGUCCGGCAUUGUCGCCAUCUCCGUCGCCGCGGCGCUCGCCAGCGCCCUCGCCCUCGCCUUCUCCGUCUCCGCGCUCUUGCCUCGCUACCCCUUCGGAUGUGCUUGGGCCGUUUUACCAGUCUCAAGGCGUCCCACUCAACACCAAGCCGGACGAGUCGUUCUGCGCGCUGAAGACCGGCGGCAGGAAUGCCACGAAAAUAACCAUCACCGGUCAUGUUCUUCAGUAUUUCACCUGCACGCCAGUUUCUGAGAGUUCAUCUCUUGCUUUCAUAGACGUUUGGCAGGCUGACAACGCGGGCGAAUACGACGACAACAGCAACCUGGCCAACGCCGAUUGCCGCACGCGCGUGCCGAUCGCCGCCGACGGCUCUUACAAGUACACCACCAUCAUCCCCGCCGCCUACGGCUCCCGCAACUGCCUGCGCCCGCCGCACAUCCACCUGCGGCUGGCGCUGCCCGGGUACACGCUGCUGGUCACACAGAUGUACUUUGCCGGCAGCGCCCUCAACGGUCCCGGCGACUGCGGCUGCGGCGGCUGCGGCUCUGGCAACCCGCUGCAGCAGGUAUUGCUGGACCCCGUGACAGGAGCGGGCGUGUUCGACAUCCUGCUAAAGCGGCAGCGGUAGUGUGUGGGCGGGACACGACGGUAGUGACUAUGGACGAUAGUGGGCAAGUGGACAAACGGACAUGAGUGCCGUACGUUGAGCGGUGGGUGUUGAAGCUGAUGUGGGUUCGGGCUUGGUUGCGCAUAUCGGGUAACGGGCUCUGUGUGAUUCCCGUAAGUUGGGUCUGAUGCCAGGUGCUUACAGUACCGGUAUGUGCGGUUUGUGAGCCGCUGAUUGAGCAUUUGAGCCCACUGACACACUACUGAUACAUGACAUAUGUAUGUUAUGACUUGUUGUUUUAAGCCCUGGCGCGGCCUGCCCGCUCGCCGAGCUCGCGAAAUGCAGCGACAUGCCCCGACAUUGUGCACGAAGAGCUGCUUUUAGCCCUAGCAAAGCCUUGAAUUCCCAUUUUUAUGUCACGGUUUGAAAAAAUGGCUCCUCGAGGGGCCUCGGUCGCGAAAUUGCCGGUCGGCAGAGCCUCACAUUUUGCCCCGGGAUACAUUCCAAUGCAAUAUUGGGUAUCUAAAUAACAUAUG